GAUAUGUUAUCCGAACUCUGUUUCCAAAUCGAAGAAGAUGAGAAGUGUUAACAACAGCGUCGAGACUAUCAACGCCGCAGCCACUGCCAUCAUUUCUGCCGAGUCUCGUGUCCAGCCAACCGUCGUUCAGGAAUAAGAAGUUGAAGGUGCAAAAAUGGUUCUUGCUUCUUCUGUUAAAGUAGUUUUAGGUUCAAUUGCCUUUUCAAUCUUCUGGAUAUUGGCAGUUUUCCCAGCUACCCCUUUUCUACCUGUUGGGAGGACUGCAGGGUCCCUUCUAGGGGCUAUGCUUAUGGUCAUCUUCCGUGUCUUGACCCCAGAUGAGGCAUAUGCUGCAAUUGAUCUUCCGAUCCUUGGUCUUCUCUUUGGAACAAUGGUUGUUAGUGGUUAUCUUGAGAAAGCAGAUAUGUUCAAGUACUUGGGUAAGUUGCUUUCAUGGAAAAGCAAGGGAGCCAAGGACUUGCUUUGUCGAAUUUGCCUCGUAUCCGCCAUUUCAAGUGCCGUUUUUACCAAUGACACCUCUUGUGUGGUUUUAACUGAAUUUGUGUUGAAAAUUGCUAGGCAACAUAAUCUACCUCCUCAUCCAUUCCUACUUGCCCUUGCCUCGAGUGCAAAUAUUGGUUCUGCAGCCACUCCAAUUGGCAACCCUCAAAAUCUGGUUAUAGCAGUUCAGAGUAAGAUUUCUUUUGGGGACUUUCUUUUUGGAAUUCUGCCUGCCAUGCUUGCGGGAAUUGUUGUGAAUGUUGCUGUACUUAUGUGUAUGUACUGGAAGUUGCUGUCUUCUACUCAGAAGGAUGAGGAAGAUGCCACUGCAGAAGUCGUUGGAGAUGAGGAUGUCAAUUUUCAUCGGUUUUCACCUGCUACUAUGUCACAUUUUCCUUCUGCAAAUUCUCAGGAAUGGAACUCUAGAUUGGAGUCCUUGAACAUACAAAUCCCCCCCGAUAUGAAUGGAGACACGAACCAUGCUGAGACUCUUCGAAACCAAAUAACUUCAACUGAGACUGAAAUCCACAGUGACCAUACUAGUGCAUAUGAUUCUGCAAGGGAUUCAAAUGCACCAAAAGAGGCAACAACUGAUGUGUCUUCUCAGAAAAGAGAGGAACAUGUUCCUUCAGAGAGGAAUGCAUCCAUGGGUAAGUUGAGAGAAGUAUUUGUUGAGGAAUAUUCAGGAGAAAUGCAAGAAUUGUCCACAAAAUGGAAAAGGAUAUUGUGGAAAUCAUGUGUCUACCUUGUUACCUUAGGCAUGUUAGUUGCUUUGCUUAUGGGUCUUAAUAUGUCAUGGACCGCAAUUACUGCUGCUCUAGCUCUUGUUAUUCUUGAUUUCAAGGAUGCUCAGCCAUGCCUUGAAAAGGUCUCCUAUUCGCUUUUGAUAUUCUUUUGUGGAAUGUUUAUCACGGUUAAUGGCUUUAACAAAACUGGAAUUCCAAGUGCUUUGUGGGACUUGAUGGAGCCUCAUGCACAGAUAGAUACUCAUGCCGGGACAGCAGUUCUUGCUGUUGUCUUACUUAUCCUGUCAAAUUUGGCCUCAAAUGUUCCAACUGUUCUGUUGCUUGGAGGACGGGUAGCAGCAUCGGCAGCUGCAAUUUCUGCAGCUGAAGAGAAAAAAGCAUGGCUAAUAUUAGCCUGGGUGAGUACUGUAGCUGGGAAUCUCUCGUUAUUGGGAUCAGCUGCCAACUUGAUAGUGUGUGAGCAAGCUCGCCGCUCUCCGCAAUUUGGGUACAGCUUAACUUUCUGGAAACAUCUUAAAUUUGGAGUUCCCUCUACCGUUAUUGUUACUGCUGUUGGUUUGAUACUCAUAAGAUGAUACAAGACAAGCCUUUUGGCAACGAAAGUUUUGAGUCGGAAUGGGCCUUAGUCUUCGUUGUAAAAUGUCAGAUCUUAGAGCCCAUGAAACAGCCCAAGCAAGGUGGUUAGCUUAGCUAGAGGGCCCAUAAGAGAUAUAUCUCAGCCUAAUUAUCUGUUAUGUGUUAUAUUUCUCUUGCGAUGGAGAUAAUCGAACUCGAGAGUUUCCAUUCUUUAUAUCAUUUAUAAGAUAUAGAAAAGACUAAACAGAUUACACCUGAUGGAGAUUAUAUAUAUAUUAAUAAUUUGCAUUUAAUGAAUUUCA